AUGGAGGAAGAGAACGAGGAAGAAAUUAAUCAACUUCGCCUUCAGAAGGUAGCAUUUACAGGGUUGCCAGCAACACUAGCAUUACCAAAACAGAUUCUUCAAAGAUCUGCAGACUCUUUAAAAACAUUUGUAAUUAUAGAUUGUCCAAACAUUAGAGAAUUGCCAGAGUACAUCAGCAAUCUAAAGAAACUGCAAAUCCUUGGAAUCACCCGUUGUCCAAUUUUGAGCGGAAGGUGUCAAGAGGGAACAGGAGAAGAUUGGCCCAAGAUCGUUCAUAUCCCUCAAUUUGAAAAUUUGUUCGGGAUCUUCAAUCUGCUCGUCGGUGUUCUUGAUAAGAUAGUUCGUUCACAAGAAGAUGAAGAACAUGCAAUGGAGAUUUCUUUCUUCUCUCUGUGUGCUCUUCUCGUUGUUCAUGUUGGUGAUUUAUUUGGUUUUUCGUUGUUUGUUGCUGCUUCGCUUAUCCACCGAGCACAUGGGUUAGGCUGGUGGAAUUUCUUAGGCAAGACAAGACGAUUGGGUCUUAACAAUUCAAUGAUAAUGAAUGCUGGUCCACUGCUGCUAGCAGUGAAUGAUGCUUCUUUACCAGCUGAGGACUACUGGAAAACAGUGUUGCCAAAAACUCCAUUUCCGCAAGCUCUUGAAGGUCUUCUUCAGCAUCAUGGUAUGAAAAGUGAAAGUACUUUUGUGGAUGAUAACAUGGUCUUCAAUAAGCGAAGAAAUACAGCAUACAAAAGUCGAUACAACAAGACCUAUAACAAGACUCGUGAUCCUAUUACAACCGAAGAAUCCAUGCAAGAUGAGAUGACAUGGCCUUCAAUAAGCGAAGAAACACGAGCAUACAAAAGUCGAUACAACAAGACCUACAACAAGACUCGCGAUCUAGUUGCAACCAAAGAAUCCAUGAAAGAUGAGGUUUCAACUAAUAAUGGUAUAAAAAGUGAAAAUACUUUUUUGAAAGAUGACAUGGCCUUCAAUAAGCGAAGAAAUACAGCAUACAAAAGUCGAUACAACAAGACCUAUAACAAGACUCACGAUCCAGUUACAAUCAAAAAAUCCAUGAAAGAUGGGAUUGCAACUAAUGAUGAUGACAUGGCCUUCAAUAAGCGAAGAAAUACAGCAUACAAAAGUCGAUACAACAAGACUUAUAACAAGACUCACGAUCCAGUUACAAUCGAAAAAUCCAUGAAAGAUGGGAUUGCAGCUAAUAGUGAUAAGAAGGCAAUUGAAGGUACUUUCUCUGAUGAUGCUGAUGUUAUCAACGAUUGGAUUGAUGAAAAUGAUGACCUCGCCGAUACAACUAUAUUCUACUUAUACCGUGAUCUCUAUCCUGGUAAAAAGAUGAAAUUGCUUUUCAACAAUGCUGGAAGUAGAGCUGGUUUCUUACCUCGAAAAAUGGCUGAGUCCAUACCAUUUUCAAGUGACAGUGUGCCUAAAAUUUUAGAGCACUUUUCACUAAAGACUGAUUCAGCAGAAGCAGAUAUUAUAACAAAUACCAUAGAUGAGUGUGAGUACCCAAAAAUGAAAGGGGAAGAAAAAUAUUGUCCUACAUCUUUAGAAUCCUUAAUUGAUUUCGUUGUUGCAAGGCUUGGCAGAAAUGUUAUGGUGCUUUCAACUCAAUCCGGCAAGAAACAAGAAUAUACUGCUUUAACAGGAGGCAAAAUGAUCGGAGAUAGAGCAGUGAUAUGCCACAAAGAGGUAUAUCCAUAUGCUGUGUAUUAUUGCCACGAAAUCGAGGACACCAAGGCUUUUAUGGUUCCAUUGGUGGCUGCUGAUGGUACUAGAGUUAAAGCAGUGACUAUUUGCCAUGAAGAUACAUCUACUUGGAGCCCAGAGCACGUGUCAUUUGAACUUCUUAAAGUUAAACCUGGAGUGCCUAUUUGUCACUUUCUAGCCAAUGAUACCCUUGUUUGGGUUAAAGCUAAAGAUGCAGGAUGGGACCUCAUCACCCAUCUAGCAAUGCCUAUCAUUGAUCACCUGUUCGAUGGUGUUGCUGAUAACAUGGUUUGUUCAAAUAAAGAUGAAGAAUGUGCACUUCAUCUGUGUGCUCUUCUCUUCGUUCGCGCUGGUGAUUCAUUUGGCUUUUCAUUGUCUUUGACCAUCUAUACAUCUGAUGAAAAGGGAUCCCUGAGCCCAGAUAUUCUUUGUACCAAACCUUAUUGGGCUGGAAGAGUUACAUACCUUGAGAACUUGGGUCAGACUAUAUAUCUGAUGAAAGAAUGGCAAAUUAUUUUUCCUUCUAAUCAGAGCAAAGUAUUUGACUACCAAGGGACAAUUGGCCCAAUUACAAAUAAACAAGAAGCUCAAAUUACACAGAUCGUAGACUGGGUGAAGCUAAUUAAGCAAAGCAGAAGUGGCACCUGGCUUUGCCUAAAUAGCUUCAUCGUCUCCACCCCAUUUGCUUCCCUACAAGAGCUUUGCUCUCAUGGAACUCAUCUCAUUGUUUCCGUCCUAAGCUCUGUGUUGACAUGUGUGACACUUAAAAUACACGUGGCAGCGCUGAGAAGCAUUGGCGGCAAGUGGUGCUUAGGUGGCGAAAAGUGCAAAAGAAAGGCACCUGGCCUUUUUCUAAUCCACAACUCUUGCCCUACCUUCUCUCUCCUUGAUCAGUUUGGAGGGACUCGACCGAAUCUGGUUCUCCCUGCAGGAAAUGGCAAUGGGAUUUCACCGAGUGCUACACUACAUGAUGCAACUGGACACCAACUAAAGGAGCAGUUCUCUUGUGGGAGUGAUUACUCUCCCAAGGCAAGGAAACCGUACACAAUUACGAAACAAAGGGAAAGAUGGACUGAGGAAGAGCAUAAGAAGUUCCUUGAAGCUCUAAAGCUUUAUGGUCGCGCUUGGAGACGGAUUGAAGAGCAUGUAGGCACGAAGACUGCAGUUCAGAUUCGAAGCCAUGCUCAGAAAUUCUUCUCUAAGGUUGUGCGUGAUUCUGGUGGCAGCAACACUAGCUCAGUGGAGCCAAUUGAAAUUCCUCCUCCUAGACCAAAAAGAAAACCUAUGCAUCCUUACCCCCGGAAAUUGGCACAUCCGCUAGAAAAAGAGAUUCUUAUACCUGAGAAGCCACUUAGGUUGUCAUCUCCGAAUUUUUCAAUUUCAGAACAAGAAAACCAAUCUCCAACAUCAGUAUUAUCUGCAGUUGGUUCAGAUGCCCUUGGUUCCACUGAUUCAGACACACCAACCCAUGGCUUAUCUCCAGUUUCGUCUGCUGGUGGUGUUCAUCAUGCUGAUUCAUCACCUGAAGACGAUAGAUCUCCAUCACCAGCAACUGCUAGUUCAGCUCCUGAUGAGCAAUGUCUCAAGGUCCAGAAACUUGAGUCAUUUCCCAUAGAAAAUGUCUCUUUGGAAGAACCUGUUGCGGAGGAAACAUCAACUCGUAGUCUCAAGCUCUUUGGAAGGACAGUAUUUGUCACAGGAUGCCAUAUGCCAUCUUCUCCAAACAUGGGAACUUCUAAAUUGUUGCUACCAGAAGCUGCUGAAGAGAAACUUUUGCAACCAACAACACUGAACGUCGUGGCUGCAGAAUUGCAGUCUGGAAAUGGAGAUUCCACUUGGAGUCCUUUGCCCCAUGGGUCUCAUGGAGCAUUAUGUUACAUGCAAUUUCAAAAUGAAAACUCAAGUCCUGCAGGAAAUGACUCUGCUACUGUAAUGCCUUGGUGGACUUUUUAUGGAGGCAUGCCAUUUCCUUACAUACCAUUUCACAAGCAAGAGCCUGGGACAGAAAAUUUAGAAUCAAACGGAGAUGAAUUCCAAGAUAAAGAGAUUCAAAAGGAAGUAUCUGGGACUGGUUCUAACUCUGGACCAGUGAAUGAAGGGGAAAAUGUCGAUAAAAACAUGGAUGCUGAGACUGAAAGUUACCAAUUUUCUUACGAGGAAAAAGAGCCAUCCCCAAUUUUUGAGCUUAAGCCAACCAAGAAAUCAGCCUUAUCUGGAUCAAAAAUGAUUAAUGAGAAGUGCAUGAAAGGGUUUGUGCCUUAUAAGAAACGAUUCGCAGAAAGAGAGAGCCAAUCCUCAACAAUAACUGGCAAAGAGAGGGAAGAGAAAAGAAUCCGCCUUUGCCUGUAG